AUGCCCGGCCGGGCCGUCAAAUUCCCGACCGGGCUGUCAAAUUCCCGCCUAUACGGGGGUAAUGUUAAGUCAAAUACCCUGGGGUUGCCCGGGGGGGGGGGCUGAUCGCGGUUGGAUUUGACUCGACUGCAGAAAGUCUUACAGAUACAAAUCGCCAAAAGGUUUUCAAGGAGUUACUCUGCCACCCAAAGCACGGACUAUCUGUUUAUGUUGUCAGCAGCAAAUACAUAUUACUGAGAUCAUCUGAUGUGGAUCUAGAACUGUUUAUUGAAGACAUUAUUUCCUCUAAUGACAACAGUGAAGUGGAAGAGGGUCGACUAAUCAUUUCACGCGAUUUGCUACAAGAUAUGUUGAAUAGCAUGGAUUCCGCAUGGGAUAAAAAAGUUUUGAAGGUGGCGUUGGGUGGCACUCGUAGUAGGAAUCAGUUACAAGAACUUGGAAUUGGUUCUCGUAUACAGCAGUAUACCCAAUCUGUAUUGGAAACCAUACAAGAAAAAAAGACAGCUGAAAAUGAUGCACGUAAGCUCGUUGUUGGAAAUCUUGAACGGAAAGCAGCAAACAUUGGCAAACGCAUACAGAAAGAGAAAUUUAAGUUGGCUCAAAAAUGCAAUAAGUGGAAUGAGGUACAGUUGCAUGAACUGCAAGAGAUUAUUGAUGAUUUAACAGAACAAUAUACAAGUGUUCACAAACUGCUUGACGACAAGUCUGGCAGCAAAAAUUUUAAACAUAUGGUAAAACGAAAGCAUUGUAAACUUGUCAUGGAGAAACGGAUUGGUAUGAGAAAGUCAGGAACAGGAAGACCUCGUGCAAUGGAUGAAACUGAUGAAAACUAUGUUUUACAGUGCAUUGAAAACAAAGCCACAGCACAUGGAUGUCGACAUGACAGUGUGAUGUAUUUGAAUCAUAGAGUCAAAAAGAAGGAUUUCUUAAGACUAGCCAACACCAGUAGAAUUUCACGUGGCCUGAAGCCUAUAAAAUUUUCUACAACUGUAUUUAAUCGAGCGCGUCCAAGAAAUCGCAGAUCACUGCAAGCAAAAAAACACCUUGGACUGGGAUUGUUUUGUUCUAAGAAGCCACCCAAGCUAGAAGAUAAUGAAAACAUUCUCACACAUCACCAACGUGCCUUCAAGAAAGCAAUACUAAUGGAAUGA